CUUUUUUCAACUCGGCUGAAGGCCGUAUUAUUUGUAUAUGAAAGAUGUUCGUUUUUUGCAGCGAGGUUGUAUUUGCAAAUGAGCCUUUGUUUGGAUUCAAGCCCUCCUCCAUACAACACAUCUGCGGUUUUCUUUUUUAUGUGUGUGCACACUCUAAUUUUUAUAUUCCGAGUUAUAAGCGCCAAAAUAAUCGUCAUUUUUUACUUGUGCUUUUUUGCUUGUAGCGAAAACGGACCGAAAGGAAUAUAAAUACGGCACUCAGCUGGCCCCUUUUUAUUUUUCAACACACAUACUUUCUCUCUAGUAAUUAUAUUUGCAAUAUUCUCAAUUUUUUCCUUCUAUUUUGCAAGUAAACAUUUUCAUCCACUCCCUCUAACAAACAUAUUUUUUUGGACAAGUACUACCAUGGCUUCUUCGUCUCCAUUUCCUUCUUCAUCCGCUGCUAGCACUAAUACCGCUGAUAAACUUUCAGUCAAGACCAUGCAAGACCUCAUAUCGUCCCUCAACACCACCAUGGGCGACAACGGCCUGGGCAAAGACCUGUCCACCGUGCGCAAAGUCAAGCAGCUGAUGCACUCCUACACUUCACACAGCCAAGACUGGGCCCAGCAUGCCGUGUACCACGAAGGUACCCGGUACACGCGCAACCUGGUCGACGAUGGCAACGGCAAGUACAAUCUGCUCAUCCUCGUCUGGGGAGAAGGCCAGAGCAGCCCCAUCCACGACCACGCUGGCAGCCACUGCAUGAUGAAACUGUUGGCCGGAGAGCUCAACGAAGACCUCUUUGCCUGGCCCGCGCAGGCUGGCGGCUGCGAUACCAGCGAUACUGAAAAUCUGCGACUGAAGCGCACGGCACCGCUGAAAACCAACAGCGUUGCGUACAUGCACGAUAACAUUGGCUUGCACCGUAUUGGCAACCCAUCGAGCACACAGAAGGCGGUGUCGCUGCACUUGUAUUCUCCGCCCUACAACAUGUGCAAAACUUUUAACGAGUCCACUGGUGCGGCUGCUAGCUCGAGCUGCACAGCUGAGAGACUGACAAAAUUAAAUAGCACCUUUUCGGCAACACUGCCGGCGCACAAUUACGCAUGCUUGUCGAACACUACCGCUCACAUCUCGGUGCUCACUGGUGCGCAUAAAUCGGGCGCAGCUAUCACAUCCAUGUAACUCUGGGAGGCAACCAAUAGGCAUUUCAUAAUUUUUUCGUGUACUUUUUUCUAUUUCUAUUUCGCUCUCAUCAACAACAUCACAAUGCAUUUUUUUAUUAAAUUAAAAUUUUAGAAAAU